CAUGUUUACUUUCGGCACGUUGUGAACGGGAAGUGUUUAAUUAUGCUUGAUAAUUAGUGUAACAUAAGUUAAAGACUGGAUACAUAUUUUUUCCUCCGCCCUCUCUUACCAGGGAUUUCUAUUUAAUUCGAAUCACAAGAGGAACGGUGCCAUUCAAACUGUAAAAUAUUUUUCUGAAUUUCAUACUUCCAAUUUUUUACCAUCAUGUGGUCGAGAGGAAAGGUCCUGGAAUUCUUUGGGAAGGAAUUAUCGGAUGUGCACAACACUUAUACAAAAGUUAAAGCGUCUUUUAAGAAUGAAGAAGAAGAACUAUUCAAUUUCCUGGAAAGUUUAGUUUCACAGAUACCAGAAUCACGUGCGGGGCCUUUAAUAGCAAAGACGCCACGAGCAAAACGCAAGAAAGGAAAUCUUAAGAUCGAUACGAUUCCUGAAAAUUAUGCAACCAGUUAUGAUAAUGAUUUUACUUUGACCAGUGUGGAUACAGAGCCACAUACUACAGAAGUCAAAAACGUGAUUAUAGAAAAGAUUCUAACAGGUAGAGCGAAACGUGAAGCAUCCAGAAAAGCAGCGGAUAAUAUUAAGAAACAACAAUCGCUGACUCUGACGACUAAGUUACGUAGGCCUUCCAGUGAGGAAGAACAGAACGCUCGAAUUAAUAAAGCAAAUCAAGAAACUCGAACAAAGCGACCGAAAGCAAUUCUCAGCAGCUCCGAUGAGGAAGAAGUACAAAGACCUAUGAAGCAUAGCAAGGUGAAUGGCAAGCUACAGAAAAGAAGCUCAGAAAGGAACACAGAAAAUCAAUCGGACAAAGUGGAUAAUGAAGAGGCUUUGCCAAACGUAAAGAAAGGGAAACCCUUAACGAAUAAACGGAAAUAUGAGGAUACUAAUAUCAACUCCCCCAGUUCCAGCAGAAGCUCUUUAAUCAGGUUCAAAGAACCUACUUUGAAAAAGAUGAACGUUAUGAAUGAGUCACUGGAGAGGACAAAUACGAAUGAAACAGUGGAUGCUUCAAUAUACGAAGAUGCCAUUGGCAAAAGUGGUCCCGUAAUGAACUCUACGAUGAACUAUAGCAAUACCAUAGGAACUUUCGAUAAGAAAAUGAUGAUGAAUGUCACUGUAGUUCUAGAUCCAUUACCGAUGCAUGGAAACAUCAACAAUGAAACUGUUGUACUUGAAAAGAACUCAUUUCAGAGGCCUGUCACUAGAAGUAGAAGUAAAAAUAAAAGUAGUCAAAGCAGUACUUUGAUUCAGGAAAAAGCUGCAAUGGAAUUAGCUUCUUCCCCGGAGAGCGUUACAAACGGUGGCACCUUAGCUCCUCAAAGUGAAAGCUUAAGGCCUACUAUAUUUAAAAACACCGAAGAGUUGAUAACUGACGAUGAAUCAUCUCCAGAAAGAACGUCUCCUAGAAAAAAGACAUUACAAAGAAAACAGAAUCUGGAUGGGUCCAGGAAAAGGCUAGCUCUUUCGAACUCGAGCAGUGAAGAGGAUUCCGAAAUCGAGUCAACACCUGCCAAAGCGGUGUUACAAGAGGUAAACCUCUGCAAGCCUAACAAAACCUUCGUCAAGACUGCCUUGUUCAGUCCAUAUGCAAAAGAUUCCGUGAAGAAAAAAGUAGAAGCAUUCGAACAGGCCACUUCGUCACAUGUUUCGCAAGGUAUGAUUUUAGAAGAACCUGCCAGAAUCACAAGAACGAAGAGUAAAGCUUUGGCAGCUGCUGCAGCUGGGGAAAAUUCUGCAGCAGGCUCUGCAAUGAAUAUUGCGCAAAAACUUGCUAGGAAGUCUCUCGCUAAAGCUAAGAAAAUUUCCUUGGCUAAGCAAAUUAAGACUACCAAAGAGUCAAAAGAGAACAAUAUUCAACAAUCAGCUCAAAAGAUCAGCAAAUUACUGGCAAAUGAAAAGUCAAGCCAGAAGCAGCAGCUGAAGACUACUCCACUAAGUAAAAUAAGGCAAAUGGUUCCCAUGUCGGUGAACCGUUUUAACACACCUGCCACUGGAAUCGUGACGCCUCAGAAUGUUAACGUAUUGAAGUCCAUGACAGCCUCUCGUACAAACAUCGUGUCAAAUGUGGAUUCAUUUUUGCAAUCAGUGAAAGCACCUACGAAACAGAAUUCAAGGGAAUUAUCAGAAGAGAGGAGUCGAAACGAAGAAGAUGUCCGACGAAAGAGAGCGGAAGCACUGAGGCUGCAGAUCGAAGAGAAGAAAAGAAAACGAGAGGAAAAAGAAUUGAAGAACAAAUUGGCAAGGGAGGCGAAGGAAAAACUGGCCAUAGAAAGAAGACUGAAGCUUGAAAAAGAACGAGAAGAGAAAGCACGAUUGGCACUGCAACUUCAAGAGAAACAGAAAGAGGAGGCAGAAAGAAAACGUCUUGUCCAACUCCAGCGUUUGCAGGAAAAAGAAGAUAGGCGUAAGCAAGAGGAACAAUUACGAUUGCAACGGCUGCAAGAACAGGAAGAUGCCGAACGAUUACUCGCUGAACAGAGACAGAAAGAACAAGAAAUUGAAAAACGCAAACUCGCAGAAGCAAAGGCUCAACAUAACGAAGCAAAUCGAUUAAAGGCCCAAAUGUCUGCAAUGCAGACUAAGACGAAGCAGACGGCCGUUGCAGAAAAGAAACACGAGUACGUACCAAAUGUGUAUCAUCUAGACAGUGAACCUGAUGAUGACGAAUCAGAUGACGAAUCUCAACCGAAGCAUCCGAUUCCUAUUUGGGCGAAGUCACACGUACGGGAGUCCAGAUUGAUAAUGCAACAGAGCCUGCCUUUAUGUGCGGUCCUGAAGUACUUCAACAGCAGGAUGUGCACCCCUGACCUUACGCAAUUGUUCCCUGGAAUUAGCAAGAACCGUUUAAAGCGCACCUCGAGCGCAGUGUGGAAAACCUUACCCAGAUUCUCGAUGAUGGAAAAUGACCUGGAUGAUGAGUAACCAUCCACAAAUGGAGGAAUGGUUUUUCACGGAAGGAUUAAGUGUAAGACUUGAACGUCUUACACGAUCCUUUUUAUUAAACGACUCUUGCACAUACUUCCAGGACGAAUUAUUGGGUGCGAUGAAAUCAAAUCCUAGGGAUUAUUGUCCUAUACCCAAGCGACAUCUACCGGUCGCUUUAGAAACAUUGCUGUGUGUCGACGGGGGCUUUGUUCCUGGAUGUGUGUGUAUUAAACGACUCUUGCACAUACUUCUAAAACGAAUUAUUGGGUGCGAUGAAAUCAAAUCCUAGGGAUUAUUGUCCUAUACCCAAGCGACAUCUACCGGUCGCUUUAGAAACAUUGCUGUGCGUCGACAUGGGCUUUGUUCCUGGAUGUGUGUGUAUUAAACAACUCUUGCACAUACUUCUAAAACGAAUUAUUGGGUGCGAUGAAAUCAAAUCCUAGGGAUUAUUGUCCUAUGCCGAUGCGACAUCUACCGGUUGCUUUAGAAACAUUGCUGUGCGUCGACAUGGGCUUUGUUCCUGGAUGUAUGUGUAUUAAACGACUCUUGCACAUACUUCCAGGACGAAUUAUUGGUUGCGAUGAAAUGUAAUCCUAGGGAUUAUUGUCCUAUGCCGAUGCGACAUCUACCGGUUGCUUUAGAAACAUUGCUGUGUGUCGACAUGGGCUUUGUUCCUGGAUGUGUGUGUAUUAAACGACUCUUACACAUACUUCUAAAACGAAUUAUUGGGUGCGAUGAAAUCAAAUCCUAGGGAUUAGUGUCCUAUGCCGAUGCGACAUCUACCGGUCGCUUUAGCAACGACAUCGACGUGCGUCGACAUGGGCUUUGUUCCUGGAUGUAUGUGUAUUUGCUUGUGUAUUCAAUUGCUCUUUGUUCCAUUUCUUUGUCUCGUUGUCCCAGCUCGUUCAGUCAUCCCGCUCGAGCGAGAUUAUUUUAAUUUAAGCUGCAGGGGAAAUCCAAAUACUAGCGAUUGUUAUUGUUUUACGUGAUCUUGACAAUGAUUGAUUACGUAGCGCUAGCGACUCGCCUUCUGUCAGUUUGGGCUUUGACAAACUAACGUUAACUUUGUAAUUAUAUAUGCAUGAUUUUAAGGAUUUCAAAAUGAUUUCUAAACAGAACUCGAUUAAGGAUAUUUGUACAUUAAAGUAGGGAUUCUUAUUUCUUUCUCUGUCUUCGUUUGUAUAUUUAAAUAAGUGACUAGUAGUCAUGUGGCGCCUAUUCUGCCAUUUGGGGAUUGUUGUGCCAUGCUCAAGGCAUGAAAUAUGACAACUAGCAUUGCAAAAGUACUGUGUCAACUUUUAAUUACUGUCUCGAAAUCGUAAACUUGUCACUGGAUUUUGUAGGCUGAUUUUCGGAAAGUGCUAUUUCGUUUCCUAAUACAUGGUCGAUAAAAAACUGACCAUUCGACACAUUUCAUGAAUAUCUGGUUUCUUCCGAUCCUAGUCUCUAUUAGGAAAUAUUCGUUUCGAAAAAUAACGGCUGGGAAGUUCAUGCGAUUUCCUCGCUUCUGACGUCAUCGAUUCAAAAUGGCCGAUUCAUGGAUUCAAAAUGGCCGAUUCACGGUUACUAGGGUCUUAAAAUGUUAUAUACUAUUGUUUCCACUUCUUUCGUCUUCUUUUUUAAUACAAGCUAUUGGGAUAGUG